AUGGGCAAAAUUGGAAAACAAAAGCUUUCUUCUUUCUCUUGUCCCCUGUUCUUCUUCUCCAUCGCGACCGAGAGCCCUCAUCACCGCGCCGCAUCCUCCGCCCCUCCAACCUCGCUUUCGUCGCCGCUCUUCUCUACUGUCGCGCGAUCUCUGCUCCGCUGCCUGGCACUGCCCUCGUCUCUCUCUUUAGUCGACCGCAUCCUUCCACCAGCUCACCCGCGACCCAGCGCACGCCGCCCGCUGCUCAGCGCGUCGCCACUGCGCGGCUCUCUUUCAUCCUCUGCCUGCCCCGACGCUGCAGCCCGCAUCCACGAGAAGCAGCCGCCGCCGCUGCUCGACGCCACUGGCGCGCGUCGCAUACCUCACCUCACCUUACUUCACUCCCUCUUUUUGAUCACCUCCAAAUAUGCUUCUGUUCAGGUGAACUCAGUCAGUCACUCUGUUGUGGUGAACCUGUCCUUAGAGAAUCGAAACAAGAUAAAGAUCGUGAGAGAAGUUUCUCCGUCUCUCUUUUUCCCUCGCAGACCAGCAGAACACAUAGCUGCUGGAGAGUCAUCAAAGGCCUUGUCAUUCUUUAACUUCCUCUGCUUGUUAACAGUUCUGAUAUGGGCUGAUUUGUUGGCGACUUACGUGACGUGGAUAAUGCAGAAGUACUUAACAGAUGUUUGGAAAGUUGGGUUUACUCAUGCUGCAGGAAUAAUGAAUGUAUACACUGGCCUAACUAAAUUGGUCCCUUUUAUUCUUUCUUAUUUGGGGACUUUGGAGUGGAUAACUACUGGAUACUGCUUCUCUCAAGGCUUGGGUUUUCUGUCAAUGUCUACGCCACCAGCACUGCACAAGUUAAUGCACAUCUGUGCUAAUUACCAGCCUAAUUGCAUUGGUCACACACAGAAGGCUAUCUUUUACACAGGUCUGGCGUUGACAGCUGUUGGAGUGAGUGGGCACAAUGUUUCAUUAGCUGCAUUUGCAUUGGAUCAGCUUGAAAGGAGCCAAGUUGUUGAUAAAACAAGCAACAGGCAACAAAGCCCUCAACCUGAAGAGGAUAUAUCAAAACUUCAGUUUCAACCAGUAGAAGCAAUGAUGGAGCUUGUUAAGAGACAGAACCAAAGAAACGGAAGCAGCAUAUCGGGCCUAAGAUCAUUAGGCGUUAUCUUUGUGCUCAUUGUCGCGGUUAUUGCACUAAUUGCACUUCCAUACAUACACCCAUGGAAACUUCGGUUUGGAAUUCCAGCAAUUUUCACACUGGCGGCAACACUUCUUUUCAUUCAGGGUUCAUGCGAAUACCAGGGCAGCAGACUUGGGUUCUCUGACAGGGAUAUUAUCAGAUUCAGGACUCAAAGUCAAGAAAGACGGGUCAUAAUCUGUAUGCUUCCAGUUUGGAUCACCUGCAUAAUUUGUUCUGUAGUUACUUCCGUGGGAAACACAUACUUCGUAGAGCAAGCAAGCCACCUGAAUUACAAGGUUGGGAAAUUGAAAUUUCCUGAUUCAACCCUUCUGUUGCUAUAUGAAGCAGCGAAGUUGGGUUUUAAAAGGGUAUACAACUGUAUGAAAGUGGCAGGAGAAACUCACGGGAUACAUGUGAUAAGAAGUGAUGGUUUAAUUGACAAGCCUAACGAGAAAAUCCCCAUGACUGUCUUUUUGCUUGUUCCGCAAUUCUUUCUUCUUGGUGGGCUAGACUCAUUUUAUGAGAACAGUGUUGCAGAAUUCUUGAAUGAUCAAAGUCCCCCAUCGAUGAAAAAGUACCUUGUCUACCUCAAUCCUGGAUUAUCCGGUCUGGGAAUCAUGGGAAGUGUUUUAUCAGUUCAUUUGGUGGGCAAGAUUAGCGAGAAAGGAGGGAAAAAGAGUUGGUUUCAGCAUGACUUGAAUGAGAGUCACUUGAAUUACUAUUAUUGGGUGCUUGCCGGUCUGAGCGCUGCAAAUUUCCUCUGGUUUUUGUUGACGGCCCUGAUACAGACCAGUUUCAAGUGA